GCCAACCGCAGCCCAAGCCAGUGACCCGCCAGGAAAACAGAUGAAGCGCAUCUGGACAGCUGUGCUGAGAAAGUUUGUGGGCCCCUUCCCGGCCUGCCAUCCGCAAGGCACGUCUCCCACGUCGCCUCCUGCUAGCCACUUACUACUUAUUUAUUUUUCCCCAAGAAGCCAUCAGCAAUCCAAACUUGAACCUUUUUCUUCCCGCUACCUCCCCCACCCCAUGCGAGGCGAGGCCACAUCACAUUCAACACAGUUUAAUUUUCAUGAGACAUUGAGAUCAAAAGAGCAGAAACAGCAACAAAAACCCAGCCGCCGUCUGAUCCGAACUGGCAAAGUGGGAGAAGUGGGUGCUGAGUGAACAGACAAAGCUGGGUCAUGGGGAGUUUCAAAGGUCAUGCCCUCCCUGGAACCUUCUUCAUUAUCAUGGGCUUUUGGUGGGUUACAAAGAGUAUUCUGAAAUAUGUCUACAAAAAGCAAACUCGGACCUGCUACCUUAGUUCCAAAACCUUAUUACGUCGAGCAGAGAUUUGGGAAGGAGUUGUUUCGAUCUUCAUGGCUCUUACUGGUAUAGUCGGGGAACAGUUUAUCUCAGGCGGACCCUACCUGAUCCUGUAUAAAGAUGGCCAGUGGAACCAGCUUCUGGGCUGGCAUCAUACAACCAUGUACUUCUUCUUUGGGCUACAGGGUUUAACCCAUAUCUUAUGUUUCACUACCAAUUUCCUUCCGCUUUCCUUAAGCAAGUUAAUGUUAUCAAAUGCCAUCUUUGUGGAGUCGUUUAUCUUCUACAACCACACUCACGGUCGGGAAAUGUUGGAUGUUUUUGUGCACCAGCUUCUGGUCUUUACCACCAUUUUGGCGGGGCUGGUUACCUUCAUGGAAUUCCUCGCAAAGAACAAUGUACUUCUGGAGCUCCUGCGGUCAAGUCUCAUCAUCCUGCAAGGGACCUGGUUCUGGCAGAUUGCUUUUGUCCUGUAUCCCCUCAGUGGAAGCCCUCCAUGGAAUCUGACAGAUAUUGAGAAUAAGAUGUUCCUCACCAUGUGCUUUUCUUGGCAUUAUGCAUCAACCUUUAUCAUCAUUGGAUUAAAUUAUACUUUUAUCACCUGGCUGACAUCUGGGCCUCAUCUUCUUAGGGGCUGGGGAGUCUUCAGCAACAGUACCAGGAUGCAAGGAAAAACUCUACUUCGUGUCCGCUCCCCUCCAGAGCCAGCAGAUGACUACUGUCUCUUCAUGUUUCAAAAGCCUUCAGAUGCCUAAUACAUGGCUUGUCCACUAACAGGUCCCCAGAAACAAGAAACUCCAGUUUUAUUCUCCAGCCUCUCCCAAUCCCCACCACGUGUUGUUCUAAUCUCUUUGACCAGACAGUUAGUGCCCUUUACCUGGUGCAGUCACACUAAACGUCCAUCUCUUCUUUGACACCUUCUGUGAUUCCUCUGGCCCAUGUUGAUCUGUUUCCUGAGCUUCAGUAGUGCUUUGACUUUGAAUAUUGUUACAUAUAAAUUGUGACAUUGACCACUUGCCCCCAUUCGCCUGCCCCCGCAGCUAGACUGUAUCUGCACGUGAAAACAAUCAUUUUCAUAUCCCCAUACCGAAUGGCACAUUUCCAGACAUAUAGUAAGUGCUUAGUUAACAUUUGUUAGCUGUUUACUAGAUUUCUACUUCAAAGGUACUUCAAUACAACCUUCAUUUGUUUGGAA